UGUAAUAUACUUUCUUAAAUGAAUGAAGAGGGAGUUACAAAAAAAAACAUUAGAGAUCUCAACAACAACAAAACGAAUUUGAGAGAGAAAACAACCUGCUACCUGAAUAUUUUUGGUCAACUGUGUGUGUGUGUGUAAUAGAAAAUCUAAAUUUGUUCAUCAAUAAAAAAAAAAAAUCUUAACCGGCCAACGCGGACACUUGUCAAUUUUUUUUCAUCCCAAAAAAUCAUUCAACUCGAACUGGACUAAAGUGGUGCGGUGCUCAUCACACGCGGCAGCUAUGUCAAAAUUUAACGAUUUAAAUUCAGACAAACAAAUCCUUUAUUUAGUACAAUGGUUUGCUGAAUUUAGUGAAUUUCAACGACAAGAUUUUCUUUCGGAUCAUCUGUGUCCAAUUUAUCGAAAUUUUUUCCAACAAAAUUUAUUUGCUGGUUCCAAUCACGACGAUGAUAACAAUGAUGGUGCACAGGAAAAAACAGUCAAACAAAAUGGUUCAAAAUUGGAAAAAGAAACCAAUGGUGAAACUUUAAUUGAUAAUAAUGAUGAAAGUUCCAAAUUAGCUGAUAAUAUGAACGAAUCGUUAAAAAUUUCCAAAAAACCACCAUCAAUAUUUGAAUGUCGAAUGAAAUUAUUCAAAGAAUGGUUCUUGAAUCAAUGGCAAGAUCAGGAUCGAAUUGAAUUUUUAUUGCGAUUGAAAAAUGUUGAUUCAGAAUUUGUAAUGGAUUUUUAUAGACGAUUACUUAGUGACGAAAAUAUUUCAAAUCUUACAACAUUCCAAUCAAUCAUUGAAAAUGAUGAUAAUCGUAAACGUUUAGUUGAACGUUUAGAUAUGAUGAAUAUGGCCAUUUUUACUACGAAAAAAUCAAAUGUACUUGAACAUUCCCAACAACAACAACAACAGAUUGAUCUAACAGUAAAUGGUUUCAGCAGCUCAGAAUCGAAACCUGAUUUAUUGGCCAAUUGUCAUAGUGCCAUCCAACAACAACAAGAAUCAACGAAUAAUGUGGAUGAAAAUACCAACAACAGCCAAGAAGAAAAUCUGAUCAUCACCGAUGAACAUUCCAAUAUCGAUCAUGAUAACAAUACAACUCCUGAUCUUUUAGCUUGAAAAAAAAGAAUGUUUGGCUGCCAUCAAGAUUGACUCGCUCAGCACUCAGUUUUUUUUUUUGCUUUUAACUCAUAGCCAAGAAUUUUUUUUUUGAUCAUUUUUGAUAUGCGAAUUUAAUUU